ACCAAGCGUUGCUACGGACUCGAAUCAGCUCAACAUCAACAUGGCCCUGCCCGAACCUAUACGAAGACGGCUUGGCGAUUUUUCCAGAACCGUUUUCGUGGAUCAAAGCCGUACGCAGCCUUCCCCCGGAGAUCAUGCGAAUUUUUUAAGAGAGGAUAAAGAUGUGAUAUCCAGCCUUCCUCUUCAGAUGGCACUUCACUUUAACAUGUGGUACUUUCCUUUCUGGUGGAUUAGUGAGGUUGUCAUGCUUCAACUGAAGUACCUAGCCCUUGUUGAUUAUUACAAGUUCAUCCUGAUCACUGUCCUUAUUUUAAUGACCAUCAUUGAGGCCAUCAGACUCUACCUGGGCAAUGUUGGUAAUCUGCAAGAAAAGGUUCCAGAAUUGGCUGGAUUUUGGCUCUUGACUCUUUUAUUGCAGUUUCCGUUGAUUCUGUUCCAGCUCUUUAAUGAGGCUAUUCUCAUUCAGCCUCUGGAGAGAGGAGUUCAUAUUAUACUGGCCUUCUUUAUCUUUGCAGAGGCUCUUUUUGGCUUUGUUGCCCUGCGUGCGCUGGUCCGGCACACUGAAAGUCAUUUCCAUUUGAGGCAGUUUGAUGGGAUUCAGGAAUUAAGAACAUAACAUUGGACAUCUCCACUGAUGGACUUGAUAAAACAUUCUUUGUAGCGCCAAGAUCACUACAAUGAUCUGUUAUCCAUAGAAAACAUUAACAGACACUUGACAGUCAUUGAUGUUUGUUUGCUGUGGAAAUAUCUUGCGUAUGUAGUAUUCUCUGAGAGAUAUUUUUAAUCAAAUUUUAUAUAUUUUUUAUCAAUUAAACUGAAUUUAAUUUAUACCAACACAUA